ACACGGGGAGAGAGAAACACGGGGAGAGAUACACGGGGAGAGAGUGGAACGGGAAGAGAUAAUUGGAGUGAUAUGGCGCUCCCUCUGCUGCCUGGAAACGUAUUCAACAGUAACCUGGGCCGCGACUCGUUCAGACGCCAGCAGAGUCUGGAUGUCUGCAACGGAGUGAUCGUGGUACGGCAAGGGGCAUCGGCUGCCCUCCUCUCGUCUCCUGCCCGCAGCGCGCUGCCCCCUGCCCUGGGCAUGCCCCGUACGACCCCCUCGUGGCUGGCCUACAGCAACCAGGUUCUGAGCUUCGAGGGCUUCACGCGCGAGGAGGUGCCCCAGAGCCCCGUGGAGACGCGGCGUGUGCGCCACGUCCGGGUGCUCUUCUUCCUCGAGGACGACUCCAUCCAGGUGCUCGAGCCGCAGGUGAAGAACGCGGGGAUGCCGCAAGGCACCAUCAUCCGCCGGCAGCGCAUCCCGUUGCCGGGCCCCCGUAGCGAGCGCUGCUACACGGCGGAGGACCUCAACGUGGGCCACGACGUGGUCUUCUUCUCCCGCGCCUUCACGCUGGCGUCGUGCGACGCCUUCACCCGACACUUCCUGCGCCGCCUCGGCGUGCGGCCCGGCCCGGACGCGCCGGUGCCGGCCGACCCCUACACCAGCGGCCGGGACGCGCUGGAGGGCAGCCAGCGCCCGCGCCGGCCGUACGAGCGCGUGGACACGCUGCGACAGUUCCUGGAACGCGACCGCCAGGUGCUGCGCUUCGACUGCGCCUGGCACGACGAGGAGGGGGUCGACGAGGAGGGGGUCGAGGGCGGGCCGCGCCGCCUGGUGCUGCACUACUUUCUGGCCGACGACACCGUGGAGCUGCGGGAGACGCUGCCGCCCAACUCGGGGCGAGACGCGGCCCCCGUGUUCCUCCGCCGCGGCCGCCUGCCCAAGUUGGCCCCGCAGCCGCUGAGGCUGCCCGGAGCGAGCGGCGACCGCACGGUGCUCAACGUGCUCGGCUCCGUGGGCCUCGGAGGCCGUUUCAUCCUCGACAGCCUCAAGACGGGCGCGCCGAGCGAGGAGUUCUACACGGACGGCGACCUCCGCGUGGGGGCGACUGUGAACGCGUGGGGGCGGCCGCUGCACCUCCUGGCGUGCGACGGCUUCACGCGCCAGUACCUGAGCGACACGUACGGCGCAGAGAGCGUGGGGGCCGUGGCCUCUCCCCCCGGGAGCCCCCCGCGGACGCCGCCCCCCCGGGUGCCCCCCUACAACGGCUUCGGCUCGGAGGAGGACACCCGGCACGGCUGCCUCUCGCUCGUGCCCAAACCGCCGCAGAAGGACUUCAGGAAGUUCGUGGAGCUGGGCAGGCAGGGCCUGGACGGGCACGUGCUGCGCUUCACGGCCGAGAUGAAGUCGGGAAACCCCCUGGACGAGGGCCGGAGGUUCGUGGUCUCCUACUUCCUGGAGGACGACACCAUCUCGGUGUUCGAGCAGGAGCAACGGAACUCAGGCGUGGUGGCCGGGAGGUUUCUGGAGCGCGGUGCGGUUGAGAAGCCCGGCCAGCCGCGGUUCGGAGCGGCGGCGCCGGCGCGGUUCCUGGCGCCGGACCUCCACGUGGGGGCCGUCGUCGCCCUGCACGGCCGCCCCCUGCGUCUCACCGGGGCCGACCGCUACACCCUGCGCUACAUGGAGACGCACCGCGACGAGUUCGCCGAGGCCGACGCCUCUCUGGCCGUGGAGAAGCUACGGGCGUCCCUGGGGGCCGGCGAGGGUCCCAGGGCCUUCAGGGCCGCCUGCAUCGAGGCCGACGCACUGGGCACAGGGGCCUUGCCCUGGGCACAGUUCAGGGCGCUGGUGCGCAUGGCGUGCGGGCCGCAGAGCCUCAGCGACCACGGCCUCAUCACCCUGGCCAGGAGGUUCCACGUGGACCGGGAGGACGACGACGACGACGAGGAGGAGAAGAAGGGUGACGUAGAGGAGGAGGAGGAGGGCGCGAUGAUGACGGCGAGGAUGAAGAGGAUGAGGAGGAGGAGGGAGGACGAGGUGGGAGCGGCGUGCAGGAAGCUGCUCCGGGCUCGACGGUUCGAGGAGUUCCCGGUGCUCCUCGAGGAAUUUGCUCAGCGAGACGCCGCGCGGUCGGGGUGGCUGUGUGUACGGGAGGCGCGCUCCGUGUGCAAGUCGCUCCAUCUCCCUGUGGACGACUCCCUGCUGCACGACCUCCUGGACACGUUCUCACAGGGUGCAGAGCAGGCCAUGGUGGACUACGAGCGCAUGGUGGGAGCCAUCAAGUGGAGAGAGAACGCGAGCGUCGACCUGGCACGCCCACACCAGGUGAGCGCGGGUGAGGAGGGAGGUGAGGCGGGGGACGAGGUGAGCAUGGUGCCCGCCGGCGGGGUGAGCUACGCUCACCUGCUGGAGGAGCUCUUCGGAACGCCUGAGUGACGCGGCGUGGAGCGACAGAGUCGUCCAAGCCCCCUCGAGAACCUCACCACGCCUCACCUUCCCCUCGAGAACCUCACCACGCCUCACCUUCCCCUCGAGAACCUCAC